AUGGCUGCUUGUGAUGCUAAAUACCGCUUCACGUGGGUGGAUAUUGGCGAUUAUGGAUCUCAAAGUGAUGGUGGUGUAUGGGCAAACAGUGCUUUCGGCCAAGCUAUUGAUAUAGGUGAAAUUGAUUUUCCUUUACCAAAAGAGAUUCCUGGCAGUGAUGUCAUUCUCCCCUUCACUUUUGUCGCUGAUGAAGCAUUCCCACUUGGCACCCAUAUCAUGCGUCCAUAUGCCAGAACUCACAGAACUUUUGGUAAUGAAGAAAGAAUAUUCAAUUAUCGACUUAGUCGUGCUAGACGCGUCAUCGAAAAUACGUUUGGGAUUAUGACAUCAAGGUGGCGUAUACUGAGAAGGGAUCUGUGCUGUGCACCAGAAAUAGUAGAAGACAUUGUCAAAGCAAUUGUGUGCCUUCAUAAUUUUUUGAUGAUAUCUGAAGAUGAUAUAACAUUAUCGGACAGGACCUACUGCCCUGCACCUAUGGUGGAUAGAGAAGGAAUAGAUGGGUGUGUCAUCGAAGGUGACUGGAGGAGAAGAGGAAUUUACAGGGGACCGAUCACUGAUAUCGGUCGACUUGGAUCUAACAAUCCUACUGUUAGAGCAGACGCUCAGAGGAAUAUUCUCAAAGAUUACUUUUACUCGGACAUUGGCCAGCUAAAUUGGCAAUGGGAACUAGCAUUGAGAUAA